AUGAAGAUCCGGAUGGCCGUAAGGUGGACGUGGGCACGCAAAAGCUGCCUGCUGCUGGCGCUCCUAACAGUGGCCUACCUCCUGGUGGAACUCUCCGUCUCCACUUUCCAUGCCUCCUUACGAGCCGGCGGUGCCCGGGAACCGGGGUCAAGACAGCUCUCAGAGCCGGGGAAGAAAGCAGUGGAUUUGUCUCGACCGCUGUAUGAGAAGCCCCCUGCAGAUUCCCGUGCCCUUGGGGAGUGGGGGAAAGCCAGCAAACUCCAGCUCAGCGAGAGUGAACUGAAGCAGCAAGAGGAACUCAUUGAGAGAUAUGCCAUUAACAUUUACCUCAGUGACAGGAUUUCCCUGCACCGCCACAUAGAGGAUAAAAGAAUGUAUGAGUGUAAGUCCAAGAAGUUUAACUACAGGAGACUUCCCACCACUUCUGUCAUCAUCGCUUUCUAUAACGAAGCCUGGUCGACUUUACUUCGCACCAUCCACAGUGUUUUAGAAACUUCUCCUGCAGUCCUUCUGAAGGAGAUCAUCUUAGUCGAUGACUUGAGCGACAGAGUGUAUUUGAAGACACAGCUUGAAACUUACGUCAGCAAUCUGGAUAGAGUCCGCCUGAUUAGAACAAACAAGCGGGAAGGGCUGGUGAGGGCCCGUCUGAUUGGGGCCACUUUUGCCACUGGCGAUGUCCUGACUUUCCUGGAUUGUCACUGUGAGUGUAAUACUGGUUGGCUGGAGCCACUUUUGGAAAGGAUUCAUAAGGAUGAAACAGUGGUCAUUUGUCCUGUUAUAGACACCAUCGACUGGAAUACUUUUGAAUUCUAUAUGCAGACUGGGGAACCCAUGAUUGGUGGGUUCGACUGGCGUCUAACAUUCCAGUGGCAUUCUGUCCCCAAACAUGAAAGGGACAGGCGUAAAUCGAGAAUUGAACCAUUCAGAUCGCCCACCAUGGCCGGAGGACUGUUUGCAGUCAGCAAGAAGUAUUUUCAGUACCUUGGAACUUAUGACACUGGGAUGGAAGUGUGGGGAGGUGAAAACCUGGAGCUGUCUUUCAGGGUGUGGCAGUGUGGAGGUAAACUGGAGAUCCACCCGUGUUCCCACGUGGGCCACGUAUUCCCUAAGCGGGCACCAUAUGCUCGGCCCAAUUUCCUGCAGAAUACUGCUCGGGCAGCGGAAGUCUGGAUGGACGAGUACAAAGAGCAUUUCUACAACCGAAACCCUCCAGCAAGGAAAGAAGCUUAUGGUGAUAUUUCUGAAAGAAAAUUACUACGGGAAAGGCUGAGGUGCAAGAGCUUUGACUGGUAUUUGAAAAAUGUGUUUUCUACUUUGCACGUUCCAGAGGAUAGGCCAGGCUGGCACGGAGCUAUUCGCAGUAUUGGGAUCUCUUCUGAAUGUUUAGAUUAUAAUGCUCCUGACAACAACCCCACAAGUGCUAACCUUUCCCUGUUUGGGUGCCACGGUCAAGGAGGCAAUCAAUUCUUUGAGUAUACCUCCAACAAAGAAAUAAGGUUUAAUUCGGUGACGGAGUUAUGUGCAGAAGUUCCCGAGCUAAAAAAGCAUGUGGGAAUGCAAAAUUGUCCCAAAGAUGGGUUUCCUAUCCCAGCAAACAUUAUUUGGCAUUUUAAAGAAGAUGGAACCAUUUUUCAUCCCCACUCAGGGCUGUGUCUUAGUGCUUACCGGACACCCGAGGGCCGGCCCGAUGUUCAGAUGAGAACUUGUGAUGCUCUGGAUAAAAAUCAAAUCUGGAAGUUUGAGACAUAG